AUGGAUUCCGAACUCCCGCAGAACGAUCAACAAUUCGAGGGUGCGUCUUGGGGAGAAGAUGGAUAUGAAGAAACAAAUGAUAUACAGCAUAGCGACGAACAAAGUCAAGAUCCUGCCUUCCCACUUGAUCAAGCUGCGAAUGGUGACUCAGAAGAUGCUGGCGAAUAUGACCCAGAGUCGGUCGCGAUAACUUCAGUUCCAGAGACCGCAGAGCCCAAUCCCCCCGCCGAUUCAACCCCAACUCCCACCGCUUCCACCUCCAUCAAGCCGAAAUCAGGCAAACCCAAAACGCAGGGAGGAUUCCUAGUGGGAGACUCCGAUGACGAGGAAGAAGAUGCACCUACUCCGGCAUCGAACUCUGUUCCUGCUGCUCCUGCGACGCAAACUCCCAUUGCACAAGACCCUCCUUUCCCUUCUGCAUCUACAUCUACUCCUGUCCAAGGCCAAAUGAGCGCCAUUCCAGAGCAGGCAAGCCAGGGAGUCCCGGUGCGCGCACCAAGUGCGGCAUCGAGGACAGCGCAAGCGCCGCCCCCUCCAGCAGUGCAGUCCGCCCCGAGCAGAGACCCGAACGACACUUUUGGCAUCUUGGAGGAUCGCGUGAAGGAGAACCCAAGAGGGGAUAUGGAUGCGUGGCUUGCAUUGUUCGCAGAACACCGACGCUACGACCAGUUGGAUGAGUUGCGCGCUGCCUAUGAGCGAUUCCUCCAAGUUUUCCCCCAGGCUGCCGAUAUCUGGGCCGACUGGGCACAGCUCGAGUUGGACUCCAACCGCUUUCAGGACGCCGAAGCGCUUUUCAGCCGGUCACUGGUCAAUGUGCCCAAUGUCAAGCUUUGGACCGUAUACCUCAACUACAUCCGCAGACGAUACGAUUUGAACAACGACCCCAACGGGGAGUCUCGCCGAAUCCUGAGCAUGUCCUACGACUUUGUGAUUGCUUCUGUUGGCAUUGACCGUGACUCUGGUCAACUGUGGAAGGACUACAUCCAGUUCAUCAAGAGCGGCCCAGGCCAGGUCGGAGGCAGUGGCUGGCAGGAUCAGCAGAAGAUGGACCAGUUGCGCAAGGCCUACCAUCGCGCCAUCACAGUCCCCAUGUUUGCGCUUACAGAUCUGUGGAAGGACUACGACCAGUUCGAAAUGAGCCUGAACAAAACGACUGGCCGCCAAUUCAUCCAAAAGCGCUCGCCCGCUUACAUGACAGCCAAGGCAGCAAACUCUCAGCUCGAUCGCCUGAUUCCUAGGCUCUCACGAACGUCGCUUCCUCGACUGCCUCCUGCACCUGGCUUCCAUGGUGACCAGGAAUUCUUGGAGCAGGUCGAUAUCUGGAAGAAGUGGAUUCAGUGGGAGAAGGAGGAUCCGUUAGUUCUUCUAGACGAAGAGCCUGAAGCCUACAAAACUCGCGUGUUGUACUGCUAUAGGCAAGCGUUGAUGGCUCUCCGUUUCUGGCCCGAGAUGUGGGUGGACGCAGCAGAGUGGUGCUUCGCCAACAACAUUGCAAAGGAUGGCAAGGAGCUGGGCCUGUCUUUUCUGACAGACGGCAUUGAGGCCAACCCCGAAAGUGUAUUGCUUGCCCUCAGACAUGGAGACCGUGUGGAAACGACCUACCCGGCUGGAGACGAUGAUGCCAGCAAGGCUGCCCGCGCCAAGGCAAUCAGGGAGCCCUACAGUCGCGUUCUCGACACUUUGUACGCCAUGUCCAAGAAGCUCAAGGAGCGGGAAGAGAAAGAGGUUCGCAAGAUCGAGGAAGCCUCGGCCCAAGACCCUAACAUCAAGGACUCAAUCGAACGGAACGACGACGAUAUCGACGGCGACAAUCAGCCCGGUGAACUUGGAAAGGAAGAGCGCAUCAACGCCGUGAAGCAGGGAUUCUCGGUACAGACAGAUAUGCUCAAGCGCACCAUUUCGUUCGUGUGGAUUGCGCUUUGUCGGGCUGCUAGGAGGACACAAGGCAAGGGCAACACAACUUCGGGUCUUCGGCAAGUCUUUAUUGAGGCCCGUGGCCGCGGCCAGCUUACCAGCGAUGUCUACAUCGCCGUUGCGAAGAUGGAAGCUCUCAUCUACAACGACCCAGCUGGCGGUAAGAUCUUUGACCGCGGUGCGAAGCUUUUCCCCGAGGAUGCUAGUUUCAUGCUCGAGUAUCUCAAGUUCUUGCACUCCAAGGGCGACACAACAAAUGCCCGUGUUGUUUUCGAGACGUGCGUCAACCGCCUCACGCAGAAAGAAGAUAAGAAGGACCAGGCGAAGCAACUCUACUCAUACUUCCACAAGUACGAAUCGCAGUUUGGAGAGCUCUCCUCAAUUGCUGAGCUGGAGAAGCGCAUGUCGGAACUCUGGCCGGCUGAUCCCAGACUUUCACACUUUGCAAACCGUUUCUCAGUAGACACGUUUGAUCCCAUCGCAUACCGCCUCAUCAUCUCCCCGGCUGUUCAACUACGGCCGAAGAUGCUGAUUCCGACCAUCGAGCAGCCGACCUCAGUUCGGCAAUCCCCAAUGGCCUUGCCAGUUCGUCAGACGGCCAGCCCGGGCCCGCAGUACAUGGGCGUCACAAACUCUCCAAAGAGACCUUUCGCGGGCGACGAUUAUGAAGAGCUCAACAGGCCACGGAAGCUCGCCAGGGGAGAAUCGCCUCUUAAGGGUGCCGCGGGUCGUCGUCUUGACCAGCAAAGACGUAACCAAGGAGCACCCCUUUCCCGAGACAUUACUUUCCUCUUGGGCAUCCUACCGCCGGCGCACUCUUACGCUCACUCGCCCAACGCAUUCCGUCUGAGCGCUCCUAAUCUCGUUGGCCUGAUCCGCGACACCCCUGUGCCUGAUUACAGCGCAUGGAAAACCCAACAAGAGCUCGGCGCUCGACAAAACAACGGUAUGCAACCCCCUUCCCACAGCCGACAGGCAUCUGGUGACUACGCUGGGUACGGAAACGGUGGACGGAACUCCCCUCAGAGAGCCCUCAGUCCAUACGAUGGAUCGGGUAGGCGCCUGGCAUCAUCCGGAUACAAGAGCUCUCCCCUCCGACCUGGUUCCAGUGGCGGACAUACCGACCCUUCUGUUUACCGACAGGACAUGCCACAGCAGGGGCAAUAUCCACCAGCGGCUUCGUUUGACGUGAACGCUUCUUGGGCACCUGCUGGCUACAGCCAAGCACCAGCACAGCAAUAUGGAAAAUAUCAGUAUUGA